AUGGCUUCGAUGGAGUUCGAAGUGUCUUGGAAUGGUGCAACCGAGAAGGUGGCUGUUCUCACCUCUUCAUCGGCUGCCGAGCAGUCAGCCAAAGACAUCUCUGAAACCUCGGAGACAACUAUCGUUGGAUUUGACACCGAGUGGGGCUCCAAGGGUGAAGUGGCUCUUGUGCAGUUGGCGACAGCUGAUCGAUGCUUACUGCUUCUGCUUCCGGAGGUUCACCUGCAGGACUGCCCUUCCCUCCUGAGACUCUUUGAGGAUCCGCACUACUUGAAGGUUGGGGUAGCAGUAGGUCUGGAUGCAGAGUUGCUAAAAGAGCAGUUCCAAAUCGAUCUCCGGGGCUGUGUCGAUCUGGCGAGGUUGGCUGCAAGGGAGGGGGAGGUGAGGCAAACGCAGCCGAUCGGACUUGCUGCUUUGACGCAGCAGCUGCUGGGAGUGGAUCUUCCCAAAGAUGCAUCCAUUCGCUGUUCCAACUGGGCUGAGCGCCCGCUUUCCCCUGACCAGCUUGCCUAUGCUGCCAGGGAUGCACUGGCUGGUCGGGACUGUGCAGCCGCGCUGGCCAGCAAGCAUAAGCCACCCGAUGCGCACUUGCUUGAUUGGUGCCAAGGACUCUUGGACAAAGCAGGAAAAGAUCCGAAGCCCGGGAAAGUGAAGAAGGCCGUCGCCGAGGAUCCAUCUGCGGGAGCUGAUGCCGGUCGCCUGAAGGCAACUUUGGACUGUGGGGCCUACUCCUGCGUAACGAAGUUUGGAAUGCGAACGAUUCUUGGAAGUGACGGUAAGCCGCUCAUGCACAUGAAAGAUCGCACCGUGGAUGGACUGGUGAGACGCGGCAUGGCGUCAAUCUCCAAAGAGGGAGGUGUCGAAGUCGUUCGACUCAACUUCACCCCAACAGACCACUAUGAGUAUGCUGGCCUGGAUGCUGCUGAGAGGAACGCAUGUGUGGGCUGCGGCUCUUAUGGAGUUGCUCGUUACUACAUCGUCCCGAAGGUGUUCUUUUCCCACUUGCCAGAGGCUUGCAAAUCUUACAACUGCCAUGAUGUUGUCAUGCUAUGCCCUCGCUGCCGAGCCAUUGCCGAGCCGGCGCAGAUGUCACUUACACAAGAGCUCUUAGCGGCCCAUGGGGCCCUCCGCGCCGGGUCGCUGUAUGCCAACGAGAAUGCUUUGACGCAGGCCCAGAUCACUGCCAAGAAGGCAGCCAUCACGCUGCGGAAAGGUGGGACCAAGCCCUUCCUGCCUAACAAAGUGCAAGCCUUGCGAGAGGCAGUGGCUGCUGGACUGGGAAUGGCCGUGGAAGACCUUGGGGAGGAGACCCGGGCCUUCGAUGCAGAGCCGGACUCCUCCGAGGAGAUCAUGGCGACGCGAGCCGAGGAGGAGGCAAGAAAGAAGUCCGAGCGACAAGAGCGGGGAAGGUGGUGGCCCCCAAGCCCUGAUCGCCUGAAGCUCUGGCUGCGGGCCGGGGCGAGCUUCAUGCACUGCGACGAGUCGAGGCUCCAGCCGGGAGAGUUUGGCGGUUCCGGGCCUGGCAGGGCUGAGACUACGGCGAUGAGCAUCAAAGGGUUCUAA